AAUAACUUAGCACAGUCUACAAAUGUCACAUGACCUCUUAAAAUCCAAAAUGGCGGAUGGAGAGGUUACAAAGCUGCAGAACCACUUGCGACUUUUACGUGAGGAAUAUGUCAAGUUACAGAAUCGUUUAGCUGAUGUGGAGAAGAAAUACCAGGUUCUGUCAGCGGCUGCGGGUCAGAGCGGCGACAACAACUUCGUCACAAAACUUUUAAACACAGUUGCAGAUCUGUUUGACAAACAACUUUAUAGUGACCUCACAAUACAGUUAGAAGGUGGGCGACAACUUUUCGGACACAGGUUUGUCCUAGCAGCUCGCAGUGACCACUGGGGUGUUGAUGACCUUUCAAAAGUAUCAGAUCUGGAUUUUUCAGAUAUCAAAUACAAUGUGUCGUAUGCUCUCAUGAAAUGGGUGUACACCGAUGACAUCAACAUUGAGUCAGAUAGCGGGUUCCUUCUGGAACUGUUACGGGCAGCAACCAGAUUUAAAUUGGAACAUCUUCGGCAAAGGUGUGAAAAUGGUUUGAUGUCCUAUGUGAACAUGAAGAACUGUAUUCAGUUUUACCAAACAGCUGAGGAGAUGAAUGCUAAUCUGUUGAAGAGUCAUUGUUCAGAACUGAUCUCUAAUCAUUGGAAUGAUUUUACGAGCGAUGAUUUUGUAUCGAUGCCAGCACCACUGCUGUAUAAAAUGUUUAAGGCUAAAACAGACUAUCCACUACAUACAGCAAUACGAGCUAGAAGAGAGGAUGUCGUAUUUUUAUACCUAAUAGAGUAUGAUUCACAGUUGACUGUGAAGCUAAAUGAGGUUGAUAACCAAGGUGACCUGCCAUUAGAUCUAGCACUGAAAUCUAAACAAGAAAGUGUCGCACAGACCUUGGUAGGACAUGGUGUCAACUGCAGUAAUAAAGAUAACGCUGGACGGAGUUUACUGCAUAAAGCAAUAAAAAGAGGUGAUGAGUUUUCAGCGAGUUUCUUGAUAAAGAACAAAGCGGAUGUAAACAUGACCACACAUCUGGACAAAGAGACAGCAUUACAUAUGACUGCUUGUUUUAGUCCGGAUAUCACCAGUCCGGAAAUUAUGUCGGGUAUGGCAAGAACAGCGGAGCUUCUGUUGAACAAUGGAGCACAAGUAAAUUCACAGGACACUGCAGGCAGUACACCAUUACACAGUGCAAUAUUCUGUAAAAACAAACCAGUAUUUAAAGUGUUGUUACAUGAAGGCAAACCAAAUUUAGAACUGAAGAAUGCCGAUGGACAUACUGUUCUCUGGCUGGCCUUACAAGAGGGAGAAUCUGUAGAUGGCAGGACGGAGGACAUUUACAGUGAAGAGAGUUUUGCAGCACAGCUACUGAAACAUGGAAGUGAUCCCAAUGCUACAGAACCGGAGUCAGGUGAUACGGUACUACAUUCUGCAGCAAGAUCUGGUAACGAGAAGGCAGCUAUAUUCCUGGCUACCCAUGGUGCCAAACCUGGACAGGCUAACCAUAAGGGUGAAACUCCAUUACAUAUAGCAUGUGAGAAGGGCCUUACAAAUCUUGUAAUAAUUCUGCUAGACAAGGGAAGUAACCCAAAUGCUCAGACAGUGAGAGUGGAGACCCCUGGAGGCAUGUUGACAGCCGAUUUACUGUCGGAAACUGAUACGGUGCCAGUAUCACAGCAGACUCCGCUCCAUCUCGCCUUGUUAAAUGGUCAUAGUGAUAUAGUCAACGUCUUCCUACAGUUUAAAUUGGAAGCUGCACAAAGCUCAGAUAACAAAAUUAUUCCUAACUUCAACAUCAAAGACUCAGACGGACAGACGGUGCUCGGUCUUGCACUGUGGAGCCACCUGUAUGAGGAGGCGGGGAAAUUGUUGGGGGCGGGGGCAAAUAUUAAUGAGAAGAAUACAGAAGGUCUCACCUUACUUCACCAAGCAAUAGAGAAACAGGACAUCUCCGGGGCAUUGUUCUUAAUAGAACAUCAAGCAGAUCUGACCAUAAAAACAACGGAAGAUGAAACUCCAUUGCAGCAUGCAAUAAAGCGCCACCUACCGGUGGUUGUGGAGGUCCUGUGUCAGCGUGGAGUGGAUAUGAAUAUAACAGACAACAACAACAACUGUCCAUUGUGGCAGGCACUAGAUUCUGGUCAAGAAGAUAUAGCACAAACCUUGGUAAAACACAGUUGUGAUGUAGAUCUGUGGUUGUCAGGUCCAGGAAACUGCCAACAAACAUUGUUACAUAGAGCAAUAGAUGAAAAUAAUGAAUCUGUAGCAUGCUUCCUUAUUAGAAGUCACUGUGAUAAAAAUAGCCCUCGCAGGCCCGGGCCUAAUGGUGAAGGUGGAGAGGAGGCCAGAGAUGGUCAGACUCCCCUUCAUCUUUCAUGUGCCUGGGGUAUGGAAAUGGUUGUACAAUGUCUGAUGGAAUUUGGUGCCGAAGUUAAUACUCAGGACAUUGAUGGAAAAUCUCCAGUACAUAUUGCCAUAGAGAACCAACACACUGUGAUAAUCUCCCUUUUACUUUCACAUCCAAACCUUGAUCUUAACCUACGAGACAAGAAUGGACUCACCCCAUUUGCAGCAGCCAUGACAACUAGGAAUAAUAAAGCGGCACAGUCUAUUUUGAAUAGGGAGCCCAAGGCUGCCGAACAAGUAGAUAAUCGAGGACGGAAUUUCUUACAUGUUGCCAUAAUGAACAAAGACAUAGAAAGUGUGCUAUUCUUGAUUAGUGUUCAUGCAAACGUUAAUUCACGUGUUCAGGAUUCUAAACAUUUAACCCCGUUGCAUUUAGCUGUAGAUGUGGGCUCCGAAAUCAUUGUUCGCAAUUUACUACUGGCUGGCGCUGAUGUAAAUGCAAAGACGAACAAUAAACAGACAGUGUUACAUAUAGCAGCAAGCAAAGACCAUUCUGUUAUCUGUACAAUAUUGUUAGAGAAUGGAGUGGAUUUUGAUGGUCUGGAUGAUAAUUCAGAUAAUGCAUUACAUUUAGCCGUGAAGAAUGGUAACUUAAACAGUGUACGGGUGCUGUUGACAGAGUCGAGUAUAAAUGCUGAGGCAAUAAAUGCCAAAGGGCAGAACCCAUUACAUGUACUUGGUCAGUAUGGCAGGGACAAUGCAGCAGCCAUAUUUGAACUGUUUAAAGAGAGUAUGCCAGAAUAUCCCAUUGCCAAAACUGAUGUUGAAGGAAAUACAGUAUUGUUGUUGGCGUACAUGAAUGGUAAUGGAAACUUGUGUCGAGCUCUGGUGCGUGCAGGGUCUCCGCUGGGAGAGGUCAACAAGCAAGGACUUAGCGUGUUCAAUGCCCCGGUGGCAACUAAACAGCUGCUUUUUAAACUUUUAGAUAUGUUAUCAAAAGAGCCGCCAUGGAGUGAUGGGGAAGUCUGUUUAGAAUGUAAUGUUAAAUUUAGUAUCAAAACCAGAAAACAUCACUGCCGACAUUGUGGCCGUUUAUUGUGUUCCAAAUGUUCUGCAAAAGACAUGCCAAUUGUAAAAUACAACCUGUCGAAACCUGUACGAGUUUGUGACGUCUGCUUUGAUGUGCUGUCGCUUGGAGGAGCAUUUUGAUUGGACAUCUUCAAGUUUUAGUGCUUUGUAAUGUCCACUGUGAUAUUAUAUCAUCAGCGGAACAUUUCGAUGUAACAUCACUUAACUUAUUUGUGCAUCUUUUGGUGUAAUGUUGGCUGUCAUGUUAAACCUAAAAGUGGUGUAUUUUGAUAUAAAUUCCUCUAACUAAGGUGUGUCGUUUGAUUUGACAUCAGUGGACAUGAUGUGUUGUGCAGAAGAAGAAAAUAUUUAUAUGAUGUCUGCUACUUUGUAAUAUCUUAUAGAGAAGCUGCAUGGAUAUGACGUCUGCUGCGGUAUUAUUCUUAAAAGAGCAUUUUGCACUGCAUCUCUGAAGUGGCCUGUAACAUCAUCUGCAAUGCAUGCAUGUCAGUUUUUGGAAUCACAUCUUAAGUUAAAGUCCACAAAGCAGUAUGAUUAAAUACGGCAUUAUAUACACGUGUGAAUUAACUACGGCCAAGUUUUGCAUUAUAUAUUGGAUGAGAUUUAAUUUCUAUGUUUUUUUUUAAUUGAAAGGGGUAUAUCUGAUAAACAAGAUUUUUUGCACUAAAAUAAAAUUAAUUAUUAAUAAAAAGCACAUUUUAAUCUACAUGUAAGGACAUUCUUACGGCUUUAACAGUUCAAAGCAUGGGACAUAAGUACCAUUUUGUAAAAAGAAUUACCAUAAUGUUUGUGAAUUUUGUACAGAAUAUUGACUUUUUUUCAUUCACUUAUAGUUCAGUAAUUGUUACCGUCAAAGGCAGCUUUCUAGAGUUUACAUAGGGUUUUGAAUAUGUUUUAUCAAAUAUUACAAAUACUCCUUGCACAACUUAUAGAUAAAAAGUUCGGAAUUGCACAUUUGUUCUUAGAGUGGAUCUUGAACUCUUAACCCCUGGAGUCAUAUUUAGGGCAAGCUACCAGAUGAUCAAAGAUGCACUUUUAACUUAUGUAAAAUGUCCUCAUACUGGUGUAUACUGUAAAAUCAUCAAAUUUCGUGGGCAUGAAAUUUCAUGGUUUUGGUCAUAACGGCAAUUUUGUGGGGAUAUGAAUUAGUGGAUUUCAACUUUUGAACAUAAAAUGAAUGAGAAUUUUACUUGUUCAUUGGGAUUAAAUUUCGUGGAUUGAGUCAACCACGAAAUUCACGAAAAUUAGUCCCCCGCGAAUGUUAAUGAUUUCACAGUACAUGUGUAUUUUUGUCUUUAUCACAGAGAAGAAUUGUUUCGUCUUUACCACCAAGAACACUAUCACUGUGCAAUUAUUUGGUCUGUAUCAUAUUAUUUAACAAAAACAACAUGAUCUUUGAAUGGCAUAAUUUUUGAAGUUUUGUGAAAGAAAAAUGUGACCAAUUAAUUAUUUUACAAGAUUCAGUUGUGCUUUUUAUGCAAAUCGCCGUGCUGUAGACUUGCUUUUUGUAAAGUAUUUGCUAAUAUUUUUGUUGAAGUACGCGGUCAAUUUUGUUUUGAUAUUCUAUUUUGAAAGUGCCAAGUUUGUU